AUCAUUGAAUCAUCUCGAUUGAUAUAUUCAUAAGGAAGAUAAAACGUAAGAUCAGUUCUUAGAGUAAUGCUCUGCUAUAGAACGUAAACAUUGUUGAAAAUGUAUAUUUUGUGUCUGGCUGUCGUGACAAUGUCUGCUUUGACAGACGCGUUUAACCCAAACGCCGGACUAAGCGAUGAUAGAAAUAUGUAUACCCACCAACGAAUUACUUUGGAAGCGUUAGACAGAGUUGCUGCUCACUUUCUCUCGUCCAGUGGUCUCGUGUCGACGUCCAGGAUAACCGAGUACGAUUUCGUCAUCAAAGAACAUUUCGGAGCAGACACCAACAGUUACGAAAACUACAAAAUGAAGGCCCGACAGUUUGCCGACGCUGUAUCCAGUGUUUACCAGACUUAUCGCCUGGAUCCGGAUUAUACUGUCAACUCCGAACGAAUCGAAGAAGCACACAUCUUAGUCAAGGACACGCGGAUGGAAAUAACGUCGCUCCUGUUAACUGGAAUGUUUAGCGAUACCAUCGUCGAGCUCUUGAGAAAGAAAGUGGGCAAAUGUCUGAUGAUCAUCCAAUCGUUCUACAGCAAUACGAACUGGGUCGAGAUGAACGGUUUAGUACCAUAUUCAGAUUUUGGGUCAUUGGCGAUCCAGCACUUAAUGCAGAUAGCCUCGCCGGGCGAAGCAACCUGUACGUCUUGUGAUGACAGCAGUUCAGCACUUAAAUUGGGUUCCUGCGACGACAAUCUGCUAGUCACUGACCGUCUCACAAGUGGUUAUUUGUUUGGACAGAAUCACUCUCCAAAACCAUCAGCUGACCCAGCUUACGUCACGGGGAAGUGUAGCCAUGGUGGCCUGAGGGAUUCUGGGAAGAAUACUCCGGCGACAGGGGGUAUCAAUAAGGAGACUACUGACAGGAAUCUUUCGCCACAUUCUCAUCUCCAUCUUCACGCUUCUGAGGCUGCGAUCCGAGCUACAGUAGAGUUCUUAAUACAUCCAACCAGUGGAAUAUUCAUAGACGUUGCUCAGGAUAUAAUUUCUAAGAUUAUUGGAUUGCAACUGAAAUCGACAACUUCUCUUGGAUUUGUUGUCGACGUCAGUGGCUCUAUGAGUAAUGAUAUAGCGGAAGUGAAGACAACAUUAAAAAGAAGAGUCAUCCAAGUAAUAAACGACGCUCACGGACCAGACAAAUAUGUGUUGGCUACAUUCAACGACCCCAGUAUGUGAUACAUGUGGUUAAACACA